AUGGUCAAGCGAUCACGCGAGUCAUCCACCCUCUCCUCCAGCAGCGACACCGCUAGUUCUGUGGCAGAAGAAUCUCAGUCGCCUCGUCCUGCAAAACUCAGUGCUGUAGCCACGGUCGAUGCUCUGCCAGCCAGACCUGUCAUGCAGUGCUCUCUGCCGCCUCACCGGGAAACCCUGGACUUUGCUUCUAUCGAAGAUUUCGAGGUGCAUUAUGCCAAAGACCAUUCCAACCGAUGUACCUCAUGCGGCAAAAAUUUCCCUACUGCUCACUUCCUAGCCCUGCACAUCGACGAGAACCACAACGCCUUCCGCGAGGCCAUGCAAGCAAAAGGUGAGAAGACAUAUGCUUGCUUUGUUGAAGAUUGUGAGAGAAAAUGUUCCACUCCGCAGAAACGACGCCUUCAUCUGAUCGACAAACAUCUCUUCCCCAAAAUCUACAACUUUCGCAUUGUGGAUACUGGCAUUGACAAGUCAACCUCCAUGCUCCACGAAAGCCGCCGCAGAAGAGUGUCGACUACUACCGAUCAAAUCACGUCCAAUGGCCAUCGACGACGGCAGUCCAGAACAGAUAACAAGAAGAAUUCCGCCGCCCUCUCACUAAAAGAAAACAAAGACAAGGAGAGAAAAGGAGGACCAAGCUUCGAACCCAACCAGGAUGUCUCAGAUGCAGCCAUUAACGAUCUCGAAUCGUCCCUGUCCGCCCUUCGAUUUGUGCCACCAAGUGUUGCGAAUAGGCAGCGAAGCAAGCCACAUCAUGUGUGA